GCCAUACAGAUGCUUCUUGAUAUCACGCUGAGUGGUGCUGCAACCUGAUCGCAGGCAGCACCGCGACAUCAUGAUUGCAAACCGCUCACCUCGGUUUCAGAUGACAGACCGCGUCCAAGCCUUGUAUUGAGCCAAGGUGCUAUCUGCAGCCAUGCCCUCACCAUGUCCUCGCAGACCUCAGUCUUCAGCUUCUGAAUGAACGAUGCUCAUUGAUGAGACUGAUGUCGGUAACAGGACUCGAGCCACCACAACCGUCAUGACGCCAUUUCUGCGCCUUGUGGUCUCUGGCUCGAGUCUCUGCUUCAAUCCCGCAUCCCCAGCAUUGGCAGACGACCUUACCCCACAGUCAACAGAACGCAUGUUCGCUGCACGACAACGUUCACUUCGUCAAUAUGCAAUAGUCAUUACUGAUGUUGCCCUAGUGGUGGGCGUGCUGGUUCAGUACUGUGCAGGCCCGAGAUUUGAUUGAACUCACAUCAUCCUUGGCCUCAAGCAGUUUCCAUUUAGCGUGAAGGAGAAGCCAAAACCCUGUUGGAGAAGUCGAAGCUUGUACUCAAUGGUACUUACUGUUGUGAAGCUGCUUCCAUGGGCAUGUACUGGGGCAUGGCAGGUAUACUUUCACCCCUUCCGAUGCCGGACGAUCGCGAUAUCAACAUGAUCCACGACAUUGCGGUGUCCGCAUUGCCUGAGCGAGACUGCUCAGAAUAGUUCCGAUAUUGUGGACGUUGCUGUGUUCACUACACUGCGAAGUACCGCACAACACCGUGACUGCUCGGCAUCCGGCGACGAACACACGUUGACAUCUUCCAACACCAAAACUUUCUCCAGCAGACGUGGGGUCUCCUCGCAUCUUGCGAUUCAUCGUCGAAGUCCCUCUCUGCUAUCGGGCGGCACCGAGAAUGAGGUAAGCUGGUUGCUCACCCUGAGCC